AUGAAUGCCACCACCCAUGCGACCACACGACUCAUCCCCCCGAUCCUCUCCACCUUCUACACAGGAGCCCGCAGGAAAGCGGCCACCCAUUCUUGCUCCUCCCUCCCCGCGGCGGAGCGCCCCUGGCCUCCUUCCUCCCAACGCUGGAGUGCCCCUGCCUUCUUCCUCCUAGCGCAAGAGCUUCCCCUGGCCUCCUUUGUCAGCGUCGCACAGACGCCUCCUAUCCACCGAGCGUCGCGUCGUUGCCCUCCUUGCUGCGUGCGGCCGAGCCCCACAGCACCUCCAUCCCCUGUCCCAACCCCGGAUUUAGCGAGGAUCCACCGCACGGCGCAUCAGCCAUCACUGUCGGGCUGCUCUGGAUCGGGCGAUAGGAGAGCCCCCACGCGGCCAUGCUCUGAAUCCCGUGCCUUCCUCGCCGGACAAAGGCUCCACCAGCAACACCGACUCUCAGGAGGGUCCCUCUACCGCAUCCCCGACCCGCCAUCAUGCCUCCACGACACGACCCGCCGUCGCGCUCCUCACCUCGGCCUCCACUCGUCCGUGGUGGAGCGAGGAACCCCUGGAUCCGUCAAGCUCGGCUCCCUCCUCCAGCCACUCGACCCGGCACCUCCCAGCAUGGAGGCGUCCCAUGGUGCUCACCCGCACAAGAUCCCUUCCCUCCACGGCUGGCCAUGGCCACUGUCGCCACACUGGACUCCGGCAGUCCCCUUUCCAUGGCGUACCAGCAGGUCGGUUGGAUUGUCGGUGCAAUAACCAAAUUGUUAUUGUUUUGGCUGCCGCUCACACACAUCACGGGAGGUUCACCGGAGCACACCCUCGCAGAUCUCUCCUUCCUCAGCAUGCAGUUCACCGGCGACGGCCUUCGGGCCGUAGUUCGUUUCGGUUUAUGUCAAUGACAUCCCCACUGCAGUGAAGUGUGCUCAUGCUGGUUUUGUGUGUAUGUGUGUGUUUUGCAUGGUAGACGGCCGGGGGCCUAUGUUCCUGUACAAUGAAAAAAGCAUAAAAAAUGAAGUGCACUACUGUUGUAUUACAGUUUGAGUUCCCCCUCAAUAUACAUUGGACAUGUGGAAAAAAUAAUGUGUCGAGGAGUUCACUUU